UUAAAUGGGCGGACUUGGAGGCGCGGUCACGUUUCACAGCAGCUCCGGUGGUUUCUGAGCUGCACAUAAAAGUGCACGAACCACCGGCCGACCGGCGAAACUCUGCCUCUGCUCUCAGGAAGACCGGACCGGACCUGAUCUGACACCGGUGAGGACCAGGACCAGGACCUGUGCCGGUGAUACAUUCAUGCUGUCUAUUUGGGACAACUAUUCGCACAGCUGAAGGCUGGUCUGAGAUCCGUGUACACCCACUGCUGCCGUAAACGACAAUCCAAGGUAUGCAGGCAUCUUUUAAGAGCGUAAUGAGGCUGUUCAUAUAAUCCAUAGGUGAUUGAUUCGCUUGCUUGCUUGCAGGAUCUGCAUGAUUUUGUCCAGAUCCACAUAUCUAAUGUUAAUUUUUGCUACAGUAAGAUCACCCCCAACCUUGUUCUUCCAGUUUUUUACCUCUGUAGGAAGUGCCUGACAUUUUUUUUCCAGAGAUCCAUGAGUUGGUUGAUUCUGCCUCAUCUGCGCUGAAAGGGCUGUUGGUUGGCUGUUUGCUCUCUUUAUAGGUUUCUCUCAUACCUUUUUAUAUAGACUUUAUAUUUUUGAGUGUGUUUCUCAUCUUAAAUGUGUGUUUGACUCUGUUUUGCCUCCAUCCCAAACCCCCACCCUCGUCUAUUUUACGCACUGAUGUUUCCCAGAAAGCCUUCACCUCACCGCGGCCUGCCUUGCGUGGGAUGCUGCAGAGUGGAAGAACAGUGGUGGAGAUUUGAUGCUGCUUGGCAGCAGUAGCCUGUAAGAGGUGUGACACGGUCAAACAUGGGGGAUUCAAUCUUCAACUGCUGUUAUGUCCCACCUCAUCCUCCAGGCGAGGAGGAGCCCCGCAGGUCCAGGCGCACGGACAUCAUGGCCUCCCACUCAGCCCACAUCUCCUCAGACAAGCGCUUCCUCAUCUUCUUCGACUUUGAUGAGACCAUCGUGGAUGAGACCAGCGACGACAUGGUGGUGCAGGCCGCCCCGGGGCAGCACCUGCCCGGCUGGCUGAAGGACACCUACGUGCCCGGCCGUUACAACGAGUACAUGCAGCGCGUCCUGGCCUACCUGGCGGAGCAAGGGGUCACCGAGAGCGACAUCCGCAGCACCAUGGAGAAGAUGCCGUCCACCCCCGGCAUGCUCACCCUCUUCCAGUUCCUCCGUAACCGUCCCCCGCAGGACUUCGAGGUGAUUCUGGUGUCCGACGCCAACACCUUCUUCAUCGAGUCGUGGCUGCGGCGCGCCGGGGCCCGCCAGCUCUUCCACCGUGUUUUCUCCAACCCGGCCACCUUCAACAAGGACGGACGGCUGGUGAUGAAGCCCUUCCACUCCCACGACUGCCCGCGGUGCCCCGACAACAUGUGCAAGCAGGUGAUCGUCAGGGACUAUGUGGCGCGCAGGACGCAGGAGCGCGGCCGCCCCUACCAGCGCAUCUUCUACGUUGGGGACGGAGCCAACGACUUCUGCCCGGCGGCUGCCCUCGGGCCCCGAGACGUGGCCUUCCCACGGCGGGACUUCCCCAUGCACCGGCUGAUCACGGAGACCCACGAGGCCAUGCCUGGGGAGUUCAAGGCGGUCACGGUGCCGUGGGCGAGCGCAGAGGAAGUGCUGCAGCGGCUGAGGAAACUGGUGGCAGAGUAGAAGGGGGUCAACAAGAGGCCAGCUCACAGUAUAAAUCAUGAUCUCAGGUAUAAUAGUCCUCGAGUGUAACGUUCAAGGCAUUAACAUCAUUUGUACUGUGUGUAAAGAUGAAACUGCGUCUGUGUGGCUUCCAGCCUUCAGCUUGUCACGUUUUGGUCCAGAGGUCAGAGUUCAACAUCAGCAGGUUAAUGAUUGUGGAGGCCUCAGCUGCCAACCACGGUUAAAAUCAAUCAUAAAUCUAAUGCAAAUAACAUAAAAUGUUCAUAAAAUCUUAAGAAAUAUAUAAUUUAACUAUUGAGCUUUAGAGUAUUUGCAUAAUAAAUGUACUUUAGUGGGACAUGGACUUGGUUUGGGGUCAGAGAGGAAUCUCUUAAGCAAUAAAAAAUAUUUAAAAAUGUUACAGAAGAAAUGCUUAUCCACCAAUUGACUUGUUGCUCUUAAAUACCAAGUGUAUUUUCUUACAAUCUACACUUUUUAGUAUGAAAUAUGAAAUGAUAGUAAGUGAAGUCAGAGUAACACUGCCAUCUAAUGGCAACGGGCAUUGAACCUAACAGUAUUUUUAUCAACAUACUUCUCAGAGAGGAUGUCUAAUAAUUUACAGAUGUAUGACUACGUGUUAAGAGUUUGUCUGUUUAACUUGUUUAUCAGUCUUUUGUGUCUGUACUGUUGUAGGUUUUGGCCUACAGAAAAAAAAAGAAGAAAUAUAUUAACACCAGCAGGAAUAAAGCCAUCAACUGAA